AUGUCUCUAAGAGAUCGUUUCUUAGAAGACCAAGCAAAGGCCUUUGAAGGGAAGAACAUUAAGGAUGAAGCAUUGUGUGGUAUGGAAAUGAGGUUUGACAAGGAUGAUGAAGGUAUCUUAUACUUCAAGGGAAGAGCUUGGGCAAUGGGCACAACAUUAGCAUUAAGCACGGCUUACCACCCUCAAACGGAUGGACAAAGUGAGCGAACGAUACAAACGUUAGAGGAUAUGUUAAGAGCUUGUGCAUUAGAUUUUAGUGGAAGUUGGGAUGAACACUUGCCAUAUGCUGAAUUUACUUACAAUAAUAGCUAUCACUCUAGCAUACAAUGUGCACCGUUUAAAGCUUUAUAUGGACGCAAGUAUAGAUCUCCUAUGUGUUGGAUAGAGACGGGCGAAAGGAGUCUAACUACCAUCGAUUUGGUCAAAGAAACAACGGACAAGGUAGCUAUCAUUAAAGAAAAGCUCAAAGCUGCGAGAGAUUUGCAAAAGAGUUAUGCGGAUCAAAGAAGAAAGCCAUUAGAAUUUGAGGUUGGCGACAAAGUGCUCUUAAAGGUGUCGCCAUGGAAAGGAACCGUGAGAUUCGAUAAAAGAGGAAAGUUGUGUCCUCUUUUAAAGAAAUGUUUAGCGGAUGAUUCAAAAGUAGUCCCACUCGAGGAAUUACGAGUGGAAGAUAAGCUCCAAUUCCGUGAGGAGCCCAUAGAGGUUCUUGACCGCGAUGAAAAACGCCUUAAGAGAAGCAAGAUCCCUAUCGUUAAAGUUAGAUGGGAUACGAAACGCGGACCCGAAUUUACGUGGGAACGCGAGGACUUCAUACGUGAGAAAUAUCCGUACUUACUCCCCGAGCAAACUCAAAUUCCAGGACGGAAUUCUUCUAAGGGGGUAAAGAUGUAA